AUGGCUGCCCCGCAUAUCUAUCGCCCCAAGCCGCGUCGGCCUUUCGAGGCACAUACUCUUACCCUCCAAACUCCAAGUCCUUCUCUUACCCCUUCAUCCGAGUUAUUUGAAGCACCAAGCCGCACUCAUUCCGUUCUAGAUUUGACGUCCUCUACACUGGGAGGGAUAUAUGAAGCGACUGGUCAUGGUGACUUUGAACCCGAGACGCCGUCCACACCAUGGGGAACAGGCGCUGAAAGUCCUCAACGAGCACGCAGCCCUCCGGUCUAUCGAAGACAAUCUUUUGCCGACGCUCCUACCUCAAAGUCGGCUACUAUAUAUUCCCGGGUUUUCCGGUCUGUGCUAUUGUUUGGUUUAGGACUGUUGUACGGGUUACUUGUCAGGCAUCUACAUGAUGACCGACAUCUAGUACCACUUCAAGUUGAGACAAUUAUAAAACCCAGUCACGAUUGGAAAUAUCUUGUAUUUUGGGGCAUAGCUGGGGUAGGAUUAGGAAGUUUAUUACCACUGUUUGACAAAUUCUGGGAGGAAAGGGUGCAAUUACCCUUUGAAUCCUCUACUGGCACUGCAUCGGAAGAAACAAUCGAUGCCAGUAAUUCGCAGGGUAUCCUUGGAGGAGACUGGAUACUAGCAGUCAGAAGCGUGGGUGCUUUUAUGGGAAUUGCUUUUGCUAUUCGCAAACUACCUUGGGCAUCCGAUAUGCAAGCUUCCUUAACCCUCGCCCUUGUGAACCCAGUCUUGUGGUACCUGAUUGACCGCUCCAAACCUGGACUCGCAUUUUCAGCCGCCGUUGGAGCUACUGGAAGUGUACUUCUGCUAGCCUCGAACUCAGACUUGAUGCCCAGUCCGGCCGCUUCCAUGAAGAACAAUACUGCGUCUCAUCAACCAGUUGAUUACUCAGAGGCUGAAUCCGAGAAACUAGUUACAAGGGGUAACCUCGAGGCUGGAAUAUGGAUUGCUAGUGUUCUCUUUUGUAGCUGUGUUUGUUUUGGAAAUAUUGGACGAAGGCUAGCGCUCAACAGUGACAGAAGAAAAACCUCGUUUUUGAGUCAACAACCGAGAAGGAAGUCAAUGGGACAUGUGCAAGCUGCAAGACAAUUGCGAUAA